AUGAAACGAGGUGGUGAGAUCACAGGGUUUGCUGAAGUCGCAAAGCCGUAUGGCCUUCGAUACGGGGCCGUAAAAGCAUUCAACGAUAGUCUCCUUGUUGGCGAAUGGCAUCCCCCUAUCCCCGAAUCAGCGGAUGUAUCGGAUCAGUUGCAGAACGUCAUGCUGCAACAUGCGAGCAUUGCUACCUUUGUUCAGCAUCACAGUGUAGGAAUCCAUGUGGAUGCUCGGGCAAUUGUGAGAGGGCUGCCUGCUCAGAAGCAGCUCAUGCGCUUUGCCUGCUCAAUAAGUCGGUCUAUUGACCCUCGACGGGCCUACCGGCUUGAGGACCCGAGCUGUAUCAAUGAGAUUCCUAACGUAUCUGGAAAAGAAGAAGCAGGUGGUCACACAGACCCGAGAUGUCAAGCGGCGCAUCUACGAAAACGUGGAUGUUUUACCGCUGGGGACUAA